AUGGAAGGGGCAGAACUUGGCGCCCCCUCGCUACAGAUGCUGCGCAGCGACGAGGAGACGGCGGAUGUCGUCAUAGCCCUCGACGAUGGCUCUCUCCUCCCAGCACACCGCUCGGUGCUGGCCCUUGCGUCUCCGGUAUUCAGACGCUGCUUGUACGGGCCCAUGAAGCUUCCGGCAGACCAGAUGUUUCGCAUGCGAGGCAAGGACCCCGCCACCGUGGAGGGGCUGCUCGCCUAUUGCUAUGGCCUGCCGCGGGUGACGCCUGAGACUGCAAUUCGGCUGCUACAAAUUGCAGAUGAGUUCUGUGUCGAUGGGCUGAAAGCCUGGUGCGAUCGCUGGAUCGUGACAAACCUCGACGAUGGUCGAUUCGACGACGAGGCCGCGGCCAACGCGGUUCGGUGGGCGUGCGAGUACCGCUGCCCCGCAUUGCAACGCUCCCUACCUCAGAGGCUUGUGAAGCUGCUCCACGAUCAUCUCGACGCGGGGCGCAGCGCGCAGGCAUCCGUACCCGACAGCGAGCACGACCUGAGUUUGCUCGGCGUCACUGCCGAUGCGAUUGGCUUGAGCAGCGGCGGGCUGCGCAGCCGCGCAGCCGCGCAGCCCGCGCGGCCAAUUUUUGGAGAUUGCGGCCGGACUGUGACGCGACCGAAGGAGCGAACAAGGGCAUUUUCGCGCCCCAUGGCAAACGCGCACAUACCGGACUAUUGA